UGAGACUGACAAAAAAAAACAGUUAUGCGAUGCGAUGCGAUGAAACUUGUGUUUCAUAUUGCAGUGAUAAAUUAUAUAUAUAGGAAAGAAAGUUUGGGAAUAAAAUGCCUUUAAUUUUUUUUUGCUUUCCCCCCAAAAAAAUACAGUGAGCCUAAAAACUUGGAAACCGUCAAUUUGAAUAGAUUUUGAGGAGACAAUAUAGACUGUUCGCCUUAGAGUGGUUUUCAAAAACCUGUGAAAUUCUAUUUAGUUUAUUUAACACUAGUACAUUGUAAUGUCUUUGUUCACUAACAUAAACUGACAAAUAAAGAAUUAUGCUAUUUUUUAAACAAUGACGUUGUACUAUAACAACAUUAAGGUGCUAAUUGUUGAGUUUCCUAUUCGAUUUAGGCAGUAAAUUUCGUGUGAUUUUUUCAAUUAGUUUCUGUUCCGUUAAAUUCCCCUUCCAUUCUUUAUCACAAAUUCAAUUAUGAUAUUGGGGUGCUGAAUUUUUGGCUUGUCACUCGUACUAUUUCUGUACUAAUUGUGUGAAUUCUUUCAGUAGCUUUCUGUUUCUAGUCUCUCUUAGGCUGGCCUCACCAAUGCUUCAAUUAGUUUUUUGAGUGCGAAUUUCCAACCAGGCAUGUUUAUUUAAAACUAAUAAGGCGUACUAUAAUAACUCAGCUGGGAAAAUCGCAAUAAUCAAUCGAUUCUUAAUGAUUUCCAUUUGCGCACGCAAUCGCGUAUUAAAACUGAGCGAUUCUCACUUUCGAUCAGUUAGGGUUAAGGAACCUUUGUUUCUAUCGCUUAUUCUAAUUAUGUAUUCUUGUAUGGUAUUGUACAAGCAGGCUUUCAGUACGAAAUGCAGGUGAUCGUAAGGGGUGAGCGAGAGUGGCAAGCGUAACUCUCUUGUUUCCAGGAAACCAAACAACUAACCUACUUUGAUGCACUGUGCGUUCUCCCCAUCGUCGCCAUUCCCGCCGAGUCAAUAAAGAAGGGAUCUCUUCUAGUCUGAAAUGGCUUUCACGGCGAACGAAACUCUGGAAAAUCAAACUGUCUCUACCCUGGCUAUAUGGUCUACUUCCGGAGGAGAAUUCAUCGCUUCAUUAUUAAUACUUGGGGCCGUCUCGCUGAUUGGCUUGGCUGGGAACGGUCUUGUCGUGUUUGUCAUCUACAGUGCAAGAAGCAGGGGACAGAAGUCCGCUGUCCAGUUGUUCUUACUCCAUCUCGCGGUCUCAGAUCUUAUGGUGUGCCUGUUGUGUGUUCCGCUGACCAUAUUUGUGAAUUUCUCUUAUUCCGAGCACCAUUCUAGCAGUGAUGAUGUCACGUGCAAAGUGGCGAGGUUUAUCCAGUUCCUCGCCCCUACAAGCUCCAUCUGCAUUCUUACCGCUAUCAGCAUCGAUCGCUUCUACUCGCUCGUCAAACCGCUCAAGAGAAAAUCCUUACUAACAAGACCUUUUUCCCUUCUACUCUCGGCGUGGGUUUACGCGGGAGUACUCUUUCUUCCAACAUUCUACUUUACCAAAGUGGAGCAACUCCUCACGAACAAAGGAAAGGUCUGGUACUGCGCCACUAUUCCAAACAACGUCACAUCCGGAGUCAUUUACUUGUUGUUUCUGAGCGUGACCGCAUUCGUGAUACCGCUGGUCACAAUGAUAGUGUUGUAUGUGCGAGUUGGGAAGACUGUGUGGAGUCGGCAGAGGAAGAUCUCUCUUUCAUCCAACACGUAUAUUACUAGGAAAAGCAUCAACGCUAUGGAGAAAUCUAAGCGCAGAGUCACUCGUAUGUUGCUCAUCGUCGUUGUCAUAUUUUUGGUGUGUUGGGCGCCUUUUACCAUCUACACAGGGUUCAUAGAAAGAUGGGUAGCCUCGUUUCCGAACCCCGCGGAUGGACCAAGGCUUGUCUUGUACGGAAUUGGGUUGUUCAACUCGAUUUGUAAUCCGUUUAUCUAUUACUUCAGUAGCGGAGAAGUGCGAAAGGCGUCGAUGAAGUUCAUCUGUCUUGAGACUUCGGUAGCUCAAAGGAGUAGAGCGGGGUCAGCGGAUAUUAUAGCACCGAGCAUGCGUAUCAAUAAAGGUUUUGUGCCUGGUGGAUCGACCCUGGUGUCGUUUGAUGGAUUUGGAAACGAGUGUUACGACACACAACUGUAGACGAUACUAGUGUUACGACACACGACUAUAGACGAUACGAGUGUUACGACACACGACUAUAGGCGAUACGAGUGUUACGACACACGACUAUAGGCGAUACGAGUGUUACGACACACGACUAUAGGCGAUACGAGUGUUACGACACACGACUAUAGACGAUACGAGUGUUACGACACACGACUAUAGCCGAUACGAGUGUUACGACAUACGACUAUAGACGAUACGAGUGUUACGACACACGACUAUAGGCGAUACGAGUGUUACGCACACGACUAUAGACGAUACGAGUGUUACGACACACGACUAUAGACGAUACGAUUGCUACGACACACGACUAUAGACGAUACGAGUGUUACGACACACGACUAUAGACGAUACGAUUGCUACGACACACGACUAUAGGCGAUACGAGUGUUACGACACACGACUAUAGGCGAUACGAGUGUUACGACACACGACUAUAGGCGAUACGAGUGUUACGACACACGACUAUAGACGAUACGAGUGUUACGACACACGACUAUAGCCGAUACGAGUGUUACGACAUACGACUAUAGACGAUACGAGUGUUACGACACACGACUAUAGGCGAUACGAGUGUUACGCACACGACUAUAGACGAUACGAGUGUUACGACACACGACUAUAGACGAUACGAUUGCUACGACACACGACUUUAGACGAUACGAGUGUUACGACACACGACUAUAGACGAUACGAGUGUUACGACACACGACUAUAGCCGAUACGAGUGUUACGACACACGACUAUAGACGAUACGAGUGUUACGACACACGACUAUAGACGAUACGAGUGUUACGACACACGACUAUAGGCGAUACGAGUGUUACGCACACGACUAUAGACGAUACGAGUGUUACGACACACGACUAUAGACGAUACGAUUGUUACGACACAUGACUAUAGACGAUACGAGUGUUACGAUACACGACUAUAAACGAUACGAGUGUUACGACACACGACUAUAGACGAUACUAGUGUUACGACACCCGACUUGAAUAAAUCGAUUUGGAAACGAGUGUUACGACACACAACUAUAGACGAUACGAGUGUUACGACACACAACUAUAGAAGAAUACAUCGAUUUGAAAUUGAGUAUUACGACACACAACUAUAGGAGAUUAAAAAAGACAGUGGUUAAUAGCUUAGGUUAAAAGCCAGGUACCGUUACAUACAUAGUUUGGGUCGAUUGGUAUAUUUGCCUCGAAGGCGUUAACCUCUGGUAUUUUGUGAAAAAUAGAAUAAAGAAUGUGAGAAGUAAAAAUUCAAGAUGCCCUCGAGGCAUUGGGCGGAGCGUAUAUCGCCUUGUUACAUGAGCAGCAUAAGCACUUUUCGGUCAGCUUCAGAAAUAUUGGGAGGGGACCAACUGCCUUAAAAAAAUACUUUCGAAUGGCAAUAGCAAGAGCUUUUUGAGGGACAAGUUAUUGUUUUUUAUGUAUCUUAAAAAACUGGCGUGAAUGAUCAACUAUG